UUCUGAAGCCAAACAGCUCCGCCUCCGCCAUGGCCAUGGCCACCUUCGCUGCCACUCCCGCGCUCCUCUCUCCCUCACCCCCCUACACCCCGGCCCCUCCACUCCGCGGGCGCCCGCCCCGCCCGCCUCUCCGUCUCGGCCUCCGGCUCCCGCGCCGCCGCCCCGUCACCACCACCACUCCGGCCGCGGCCCACGCCGCGAGCUCCCUCUCCUCCGCCCGCGGCGACCCGCGCGAGGCGGAGGCAGCGGUGGCUGAGCUGCUGCGGGACCACGGCGCGUCGCCGGAGGACGCGGCCGCCAUCGCGGCCCGCGCGCCGGGGUACGCCGCCAUGCUGGCCGACGGCGUCAGGGAGCUCGACGAGCUCGGGCUCUGGGCGUCCUGGAGCGCCGGGGCGGGCGCGCGCGCCGGCGCCGAGAUGGGCGCGCUCGGGUUCGGCAGGAAGGUGUACUUCAUGGGGCGGAGCCGGCGCGACGGCGCCGUCGUUCCCCUCGUCGAGAGCCUCGGCGUGCGCCUCUCCUCCGCGAAGCUCAUCGCGCCCUACGUCGCCGCCGAGGGCCUCCCCGUGCUCAUCCGCAGGGUUAAGUUCUUGAAGGAAAUGCUGUUUUCAAGCAGUGGCUAUGAAACUCUAAUCGGACGGAAUGCUAAGCGCAUGAUGGCACACUUGUCAAUACCCGCAGAUGAGGCACUCCAGAGUACGCUGUCAUUUUUCGAAAAAAUGGAGGCCAGACAUGGUGGUCUGAGCAUGUUGGCACAUGGGGAUGUGUCAUUUCCCUAUCUCAUCGAAUCAUUUCCAGUGCUUCUUCUCUGCUCAGAGGACAAACAUCUUAAGGCAUUAAUUGAUUUCCUUGAACACAUUGGAGUUCCCAAGCCGAGGAUUCCAUCAGUUCUGCUGGCAUUUCCUCCUAUUAUCCUUUCUGAUGUCGAAAAGGAUAUCAAGCCAAGGAUUCAUGCAUGGGAGAAGGCUGGCAUAGAACAGGAAUAUAUUGGUCGGAUGUUGUUGAAGUAUCCAUGGAUUCUUUCUGCAAGUGUGAUAGAAAACUACAAGCAGGCCCUUUUGUUCUUCAACAGAAGAAAGAUUUCCAGUACAUUUCUUGGCAUUGCUGUCAAAAGUUGGCCUCACAUUCUGGGUUGUUCAACAACAAGAAUGAACUCAAUUCUAGUGCUGUUUGAUGAUCUGGGCAUCAGUAAGAAAAUGUUGGUUCCUGUUCUUACAUCAAGUCCACAGUUGCUGCUGAGAAAACCUAAUGAGUUUUUGCAGGUUGUUUCCUUUUUUAAAGAUAUGGGUUUUGAUAAGAUAACAGUGGCAAAGAUUGUCUGUCGUUCUCCAGAAAUUUUUGCUUCAGAUGUGGAGAAUACCCUCAAAAAGAAAAUCAACUUUCUUAUUGACUUUGGUAUUUCUGAGCGUCACCUUCCUCGUAUCAUUAAGAAGUACCCAGAGCUUUUGUUGUUGGACAUAAAUCGCACACUGCUACCAAGAAUGAAUUACUUCCUGGGGAUGGGCUUGUCUAAGAAAGAUGUCUGCUCAAUGAUCUCUAGAUUCUCCCCACUUCUGGGGUACAGUAUUGAGCAUGUUCUGAAACCAAAGAUUGAUUUUCUAUUGCAAACCAUGAAGAAACCACUUACAGCGGUUGUGGAAUAUCCAAGGUACUUCAGCUAUUCUCUUGAGGGCAGGAUAAAGCCACGGUUUUGGAUAAUAAAGAGUAGAAACAUAGACUGCAGUCUGACAGACAUGCUUGCAAAAAACAAUGAACUUUUUGCUGAAGAGUACCUGGGAAUAGAAACAUGACCUGUGGCUCCUCUACAGUCAAGCAAAAGUGGUUAAUUUCUAGACUUGAAACAAGAGCGGACUAUGUUACUGUGUCUGAUUAUACAGCUUUAUGAUUCCAUCUGGAUCCGGGAGGCUGUUUUACAGAUGGGAAGCCACUUCUCGAGUCUUCAACAUUCAUAAGACCUUGUCCAUUGGGAUAUCCCCUUGAGACCAGAUUGAGGAGGAACUGAAGGCCAGCCCUUGAGACCAUUGACGAUAGAGACCAACUGCCAAAAUAUUACCUCUGAGAGCUGCACUUGCAUGUAUCAGCAAGGGCGCCACGUCAACAGCAAAGCCCAACUCUUGUGCUUGAAACUGCCUGCUGCUAUAUGUUUCGGCACGGUGCCGUGAAGCGUCCUUCCAGAGAAGAAGGUUCUUACACAUUGGUGCUUCGCCAACUGACAGGAGCAGGAACUCUGCUCUGUUGGUGCAGUAGAUUGGUAUGCGCUUCUCGCUGAGGCAUAGGAAGCAGGAAGAGGCGAAGGUUGCAAGGUCGGUUUCGCCGCGGAUGCCUUUUUUUUUUGUAACAGUUUUACCCUUUUGUACUCACUGUAUACAUGGACGUGCGCUGUAAUUGGAUUUGCAAUGGUAAAGAGUUGUAGAUUUCA